CGGGCCCGCUGCUGAGAUCAUCCAUUCAGUCACACCACGGAGUGUCCCGAGGAAUGUGGACGAUUCAAAACAGUGGGCGAGUGAAACAUUCCUCAACCCUGACAGCGCUGGGGAGACCGCUUGCCAUGCACAUUUGGGAAUAGGGAUCUUGUCAACAAACUGCUACAAGGAUAUUCAGUUUUGGCCAUAUGUCUGAGAAGAGAAAGAGAGAGAGAGAGAGAGAGAGGGGGAUAGAGCAAAUGACCUGAAAUAUUCUGGAAAAUAAGCAGUUUAUGAUCGUAGACUUGUAUGCUUCAAAUCAUAAGUUAACAGUGUUUUUAAAACACUGCGAUAUGGACACUUUAGUCUGAUACAAAAAAAUGAAUCUAUCUGAUUCUUUUGUGUGAAGUUAUUGAAUAUGAAACAUGACAGAAGACAUGAUGGUUAAGUUAAUCAUUAUUUGCACAUGCAGAGAACAGUGAAGCUUGAUAGUCAUGGAUGGUAAAGAGAAGAUUCUUGAUCCUGAAGACUUGUCCCUGGUCCAUCAAGGGGAAUUGUCUCUAAGUAGUGGAGUGAUCUCUCUUCCCUCAGCAAACAGGCUGGCAGAUCUCAGUCUUGCUUCAGAUCUCACUGAUUCAGAAGUUGAAAAUGAACCAAUAGUUCAAACUUUUAGUGCAUAUGGUCAUGAACAUCUUUCAAACAACAGACAAUUUGGAAAAUAUGUGAAGGGCGCCAAUAGAUUUUCAAUGAAAUCCAGUAUGUUGACUCAUUCACAGAGGUUAAGUGCCUCACUGCAAAGUGAUUCAGACAUCAAUGAUAAGCUGAAUGAAGUUCCUUCAGUGAUUACAAAGGAAAGAGCUAGACAUGAUAGCAGUGCUCUUAAUGAAAAAUCAUUAAAGAAAGGCUCAAAUAUGACUGUCACUGAAGACGAAAGGAUUAUAGGCAUGCCAUCUAUUUCCUUAGACAAUGUCAGAACAGCACUACAACAGAAUUGUAGCUUGCUUAAUGACAGACACUUACUAAAAGAUCUGUUGAAAUCUUUAGAUGACAAAAUUGAACAAGAUAGUGUGUCUAUUCAGCCUUACCUCCCUGGUAACAAGCAAGAAAUAAAUCUGGACAGUAAUGUGGAAGAAAAUAAGCAUCUGGUUUUCAACCAGCUAGUCAUGUCUAGCCCCAAGAGUUCGUCAAUAAACUGUGUAUCUGAUGGUAAUUUUGAUAAUAGAAAUCAUAUGGUUGGUGAAGUAGAACCUUUAGUGAAUUCACAAGUAGAGCCUCUUCAUGGUUCCAGAAGCAGUGAGACACCACAGGAAAAUCUUCAUGUUGCCUUAUUCAGCUCAAGUCUGAGUGAACAAGAAGCUCUUCCGAAACCUGCAGAUAAACUAACUUUCCACUCAGGUCUUGGAAAGCAUGUCAAAUUCCAGUCAACUACAAAUACCACACAGGAUCCUCUAGUGGAGACAGAGGGCAAAAAGUAUGGAAACAAGCUUGACUUAGGUGCUCAGCAGUCUCUUAAUGUCUUGAAAAAACUGGCAGGAUUACGUUGGGGAUUAAUGGGAUGGGAGGAUGUGAGUAACUCCCCUCCUACUGACAGCAGUAGCUCACUCACCUUCUUGUAUCACCUUCUUACCUCAUUUCAGGCACUGAAAUUUGAAAAAAAGCAUCUGAAGGAGGAGCUGACAACAACUUUGAAGAAAUUCAAGGAUUUAAGUGAAGAAUGUAACACCAAACAGCACUUGUAUGAAAAGAGAGAAACUCGUCUUAUUGAAGCUGACAGACAACUUGGGGAGUUGCAGCAAGCUUGGGCAGCAUCUCAUGAGAUUAGCCAGCAAGAAACUGCCAAGCUUAAAGCCAAAUGUUAUGUCCUCAAACAAGAAAAUGAUUUAUUAAGAAAGGAAGAUAUGUGCUUGAGAAAUGAUGUCAUGGAGCUGAAAUCCAUCACUCAGCAGCAUGCAGUGAUGAAGGCUCAGAUGUUGGAGACUGAAGAGAUGUUAGCAGCAAGAAAGAAGAAAACAACUGAAGUAUUAGAGGAAAAUAACAGACUAAAUCUUUGCCUGGAAGAAACUAAGAAACACAUACAAGAGCUUGAAGAGGUGAAGGUUCCUCAGCUAGUAGAUGAGUUGGAAGAUAUGAAAGUCAAAAUUGGGAGACUGGAGGAUUCCAAUAAACAACUGUCUCAAGCCAAAGCUCAACUGUUGGAAGACAUACAUAUGCUUCAGGAACAACAUAAAUUACUCCUUAAGAAAGUAGUUGAUGAACAAGAAAAUAAAGCAGUAACUGAGCAAAGAAAGACAAUUCUUGAAGAUGAAGUGAAGAACUUGUCAGAGAAGAUGACAACCAUGAAGACACAACUUCAUCUCCACUAUCAGGCUCAAGUGGAAGAUCUAGUGACGAAAAAAUCUGCUGCCCUUCAGGAGCAGCUGAAAACACUAGAGUCAAGUCUACAAAAGAACUUUGAGGAACAGUUGAAGGCACAGAUGGAGAAUCAUCAUAUUGCUUGUAAGAAGCUUCAAGAGAGAUAUGAAGAAAAGACCAGGGAUAUGAAGUUGUUAUAUGAGAAGCAGCUGGAAAAAUUGCAUUGUGAAAUGAGAAAAGUUGAAGAGGAAAACCAUCGUUUGCAGCAGCAGAAACAGGGUGUUAUUUCUGCUGUAUCUUCUAUUUUGGGUUUGGAACACCAAACAAGUGUAAAUCCUUCAAAUUGUUGGAAUUUCACUGUUCCUGGUAGCAGCAGACAAGCAGGAGGCAGCACUUCCUCCUUGGAUGGAGUGAAGGGUGGGUCCUUGAAGGAUGAAAUUCACUCCACAAGUGGGAAGAAUGUUGGAAAUAUGGCUGGCCUUCCAUUUCCUAGUUCAUCUUCAAGUGACACUGAAUCAACCAUGUUUCCUGAAGGAAAGCAGACAGUAAGACACUUAGAUGGACACUCACUGGGUACUUUACCUAAUGAUGGUAUGUCACAGAAAGGUUACUGCAAGAACCAUAGCAAGGAUUUUGUGGCUUCUCCAAGGUAUUGAAAUGAAUCCCCAAGAAGGGGCAUGUGAUGAAUGUCAGUCAUUCUCAGCUCUGCAUAUGAAGACAAAUGCUCCACAAGCACAAGUAACUUCAUGCUCUGCAUAUCCUGGCAUAGGAAACUACAAUGGAAAUGAAAGUACUAGCUUGAAACUAAAUCUUUAUCAGAGUUGUAAAAAGCAAAAAGAUUUUGAUCACAGGAAAUCUCCAUUUCCAUUAUUUACAUCAAAAA